AUGAAAAACAUCGCCAGCACCUCAGCUACGAUAUAUCAGCGAUGCUGGCUAGUAUUCAAGAAAGCUUCAAGCAAAGGUCCAAAAAGACUGGAGAAAUUUUCUGACGAACGUGCUGCAUAUUUUAGGUGUUAUCAUAAGGUUACAGAGCUCAACAAUGUGAAGAACGUAGCUCGGUUGCCAAAGAGCACCAAGAAACACGCCAUCGGGAUUUAUUUCAAUGAUGAUACCUCCAAGACCUUUGCUUGUGAAUCAGAUCUUGAGGCGGAUGAAUGGUGCAAAGUGCUCCAGAUGGAGUGUGUGGGCACGCGGAUCAAUGACAUCAGCCUCGGAGAGCCUGACUUACUGGCUACUGGGGUUGAGAGAGAACAGAGUGAGAGAUUCAAUGUGUAUUUGAUGCCAUCCCCUAACUUAGAUGUACAUGGCGAAUGUGCCUUGCAGAUUACAUAUGAGCACAUCUGUCUUUGGGACGUCCAGAAUCCCAGAGUCAAACUCAUCUCUUGGCCGCUAAGUGCCCUGCGGCGGUACGGGCGAGAUGCUGCUUGGUUCACUUUUGAGGCAGGGAGGAUGUGUGAAACUGGGGAAGGGCUGUUUAUCUUUCAAACACGAGAUGGAGAGGCCAUCUACCAGAAGGUCCACUCUGCUGCCUUGGCGAUAGCUGAGCAGCACGAGCGCUUGCUCCAGAGCGUGAAAAAUUCAAUGCUGCAGAUGAAGAUGAGCGAGCGGGCCGCCUCCCUGAGCACCAUGGUGCCCCUGCCCCGCAGCGCCUACUGGCAGCACAUCACGCGGCAGCGCAGCGCCGGGCAGCUCUGCCGCCUGCAAGAUGUCUCCAGCCCUCUGAAGCUUCAUCGGACAGAGACUUUCCCUGCCUACCGAUCCGAACACUGACAGGAGCUGCCUAGAACCUUCCUGUGACACUUGUGAAGUGUUGGCCGCUGCGGAGCCACCAGGAUGACAAUG